ACACACAGCCUCGACUCUUCAUCGGUGAUCGGGGGAACUGGCCUGCAGACGGUCCGUGUGAGACGUCAGCUGCUUCCUCCUGAAGCGCCACCGGCUGCCGCCCAUCACAGCCGUCGCCAUGGAGACUGGGGUUUGGACAAACGGCCCCCCCGUACGGUGGCCUCGGCUGUGGGGGCUUCAGGAGGCCAGACGACAGCCUCUGAACGUCCUGCUACCGGAGCCCAGAAAGGCCAAAAAAGAGAAAACCUGAAAAAAAAAACAGUCUAAGCAAAACCUGCAUCAUAUUUCCUUUUUCAGAAAUGCACCAAACAUUAUUUCAUGACCAAAAGAAGGACUGGAGGCUUCUGCUGAUUUUACUGAUAGCUAAGAGCUUCGUUGAUUGAACGGUUGCCGUGGAAACGGGUCACAGUCAUGAAGAAAGUUGUUUUUUCUUACUACAAACGUUAAACACGAGUGUUUGCUAAAGAUUCUGAAGAGGCAAAAAAAUGUUGAAAACAGCUGAUGGAAGAGAAAGUUCUGCAGAAUUAUCUUUCCCAUUCAUUUGGGUAUUAUGGGAUGUCUGUUUCUCUUGUGAAUGACUGAAGAACAUGUGAAAACAGAACCCUACACCGAAGGUGACGAGCAGCGGCGAGCCCUGCAUUCACAAAGGUGUGUUCUGUCAGCUCUGGCUCCGCCCCCCAGCAGGUAAGCUCUCUGUGCUCCCAUCUGCCUCAGUCCUAACCUCUGCAGAGAUGUUGGAGGACGCCGUGGGCCUCGGUGCCGUCACCCUGCUGGGAGUCCUGGAGCAAGCUUAUUUCUCCCUGCAGGUCAUUUAUGCUCGCAGGAAGUUCUCUGUUUCUCCUCCUGACACCGGCGGCCCCCCAGAGUUCCAGAGGAUCUUCAGAGCUCAGGCCAACUGCUCUGAGUACUUUCCCAUCUUCCUCACUGUGCUGUGGCUGGCUGGACUCUUCCUCAGUCCAGGUCUGUCCGCCGUCUGCGGUUUGCUGUAUCUGUACGGACGUCUGCGCUACUUCUGGGGAUAUUCUGCGUCUGCGCAGGGACGGCUGGCUCCGCUCUACUUCAGCGCCCAGGUUCUGUGGGUUCUGAUCGGCCUGUCAGCGGUUGGGAUCCUGCUGACGUUCCUUCGGGUUUACCUGAAUGUGGACCUGCUGCAGGAGCUCGGUUCUGCCCUCAGCCCGCUCUGAGACGUCUGCUUCAGGGUUCUGCUGCUGAUGUUCUGCUCCAUCAGACCAAUAAAGAUCUCGUUCCUUCGCUC